AUGUUUGUUAAAAUUUCCGGUCAAAUCAUCCUCGCUUUAUCAGUAAAAUGGAACAAACAAAUAUUGCAUUUUGUGGUCAAUCAGGACGAGACGGGCUACUAUUACUUCGAGACCCAUAAAGAGAAAACAAUGCACGAUUUAAUUAACUGGCACAAAACAACAGGAACUCCAAUAUCUGCGGGUAGUCAUGCAAAGCUUGUUAAUGGAGUUGGCCGACAACCAUGGCUUUUGGAACAUGACGAGAUUCAACUGCAAAGGAAGUUAGGUGAAGGAGCCUUUGGCGAGGUAUAUCUAGCGCAAUAUGUACAAAUGAACAAAAUAACUGAUGUGGCAGUAAAAACGAUGCGAGAAGAGGCCUCUCGGCAGGCACGACUUAAAUUUAUGAAGGAAGCUCGAAUAAUGCGUAAAUUCUCGCAUCCCAAUGUAGUAAAAAUUAUGGGUAUUGUGGUAUAUGAAAAUCCAUUAAUGAUUGUCAUGGAGCUAUGUCCCGAAGGUUCAAUGCUCAGUUACCUUAGGAAAAAUGUACCUGUCAACUCAGAUCUAAAACUACGUUUUGUUACAGAAGCUAGUGCCGGCCUUGCAUAUUUAGAAUCAAAACACUGCAUCCACAGAGAUAUAGCGGCAAGAAAUUGCUUGUUAUCAGAACAACUGGAAGUAAAAAUAAGUGACUUUGGUAUGUCUGAUGAACGAAGAAUUAUCCAUGACGAAACGUUAGAAAAAGUUCCAAUGAAAUGGCUUGCCCCAGAGACCAUGCAACAACGUAUAUUCUCGUCCAAAACUGAUGUCUGGUCCUUUGGUGUGUUGGUUUGGGAAGUGUACGCGGACGGCAAGGAACCAUAUCCAGGCUUAUCAAACAUUCAGACACGAGCCAAAAUUGUUGUUCAGAACUAUCGAAUGGAAAUGCCGAAAACAGCGCCAUUGGCUAUAUCAAAGCUUGUUUACCGAUGCUGGAAAACGGAACCUAGCGAAAGACCAUCAUUCGCUGAAAUUUACAACAAGCUAAAGGUGUUAAACAAAAAGUAA